AUGGCGAAAGGAGACAAAAAGAAGAAAAAUGAUAAAGAUACACCUGAAGUGCCUUCUAAUAAGAUGUUAGAGAGUUCCUCUGCUUCUAGCAUCGGGUCGGAGCAAGUCGUGGAACAUGAGUCUCUACGCGCAACGGAUUCGCCAUCUGCCUCUUUCGUUUCUCAACCACCUGUUGUGACGCCCUGCUCUGAUAAAAUUGUUGAAACCCAUGUUCUUACAAGUAUCGUGGUUGAGAGGUAUGAAGGCGACAAACGUGGUGAUCUAUUCCACGGCGAAGGUGUCGCUCAUUUUCAGGAUGGACAUGUAUACAAGGGAACUUUUUCAGACGGGUUAAUGCAUGGCCGCGGGUUAUAUAUAUGGUCAGACGGCUUAAAAUACGAGGGGGAUUUUGCAUCAAAUGUACCGAUUGGACAUGGCACAUACACCUGGAAAGACGGCAGUUGUUACGUGGGGGAGGUUUGCAAUGCCAUACGUCAUGGAGUCGGGACGUUUAAAAGUGCCAAAACCUCUGCCACAUACAGAGGUCAAUGGUAUAACGGCAAACGACAUGGGAAGGGUAUAAUAUACUACAAUAGAGAACUCACAUCGUGGUAUGAGGGGGACUGGACUAACAACUGCCGAGAUGGAUGGGGGGUGCGCCACUAUCCAUCUGGAAACAUAUAUGAAGGCCAAUGGAAGAACAAUGUCAGACAUGGGGAGGGCACGAUGCGAUGGUUUCAGCUAGGUCAACAGUACAGUGGACACUGGGAGAACGGUAUCCAGCACGGACUAGGGAAGCAUACCUGGUUCUUAAAGCGUGUCCCUGGAUCACAGUAUCCACUCAGAAAUGAGUAUGUUGGGGAAUUCCUCCAAGGCUUUCGACAUGGACGGGGAAAAUUCCUCUAUGCGAGUGGAGCAGUAUACACAGGAGGGUGGAAGCGCAACAAAAAACACGGCCAGGGAAAGUUUGUUUUCAAAAAUGGACGCAUUUUUGAGGGUGAGUUUGUUGAUGAUCGUAUGGCUGAGUUCCCUGGGUUCUCCAUCUACGGCUCCAGGAGUCCUGACCUGAGCGGAAUAAGAACUCACUCUCCCCCUCUGAACGAGAGUUCCUCUUUGCUUGGGCCUGAUUUGGCUCUGAACAUUGAGCCCAUCUUAACUGGACUUCCUGAAGCUCAGAGAGAUUCAGAACUCAAACAGCUGGAGUUUGCAGUGUUAAGACACGUUGCUGAGCUGAGAUCUAUCUACAGCGCAUAUAGCAGCCUGGGUCAUGAGACGUCCCCAGACAACACCUUCCUGCUCACCCGCCUACAGUUCUGGAGACUUCUCAAAGACUGCAGUGUCCAUCAGCACGGCAUCACCAUGGCCCAGAUGGACCGCCUCAUCAGUGGAGAUAUGCCAUCAGAGGAAGUCCACUCUCCAUUCACUACAAUGUUGCUUAGAGAGUAUAUCAGUUCUAUUAUUGUCUUGGCUUAUAAUAUCUAUCAUAAAGAUAUAAAAAAAGAGUCACCUAAUUUUACACUGGAGACAUGUUUCUCCAAACUAAUGAAACAGAACAUCCUCCCCGGUGCAAAGAAUAUAAAAGGGCCUCUCUUUUCUCACCCUGUCCAUGCUGUGGUUGGUAUGAUUUAUGUUGAGAGAAGCUGGGAGAUAUACCAGGCUUUUUGCAAGGUUAACCCAAACAGAACAAUGACCGUGAGGCACUUCAUAUGGAUGCUAAAGGGUCUGUGUCUCUAUGACAGUCAGUUGACCACCGAAACAGUGCUGAGGAUUCUGUCUGCAGAUAAUCCUGCAAUCUACAAUGCCACUCACAGUAACUUGGAUUUAGAGAUGACCUUUCUGGAGUUCUUCGAAGCUCUGUUGGGGUGUGCAGAGGUGAAGGGCAAUCAGGAAGUCGAGAUGUCCACACAGAGUCUGCCUGACCAAACUGUCAGGUCUUCAAAGGGAGACGAGAUGAAGGACAAUUCAGAAAGGGUCUCAUCGUCCCAUUUGGUUGCAACGAGCACGAGUGAGAGCGAGAAGCGUGACUUGAAUCCGGAACCAUACAUCAAAGAGCACGAGCCCACAGCAGACACAAAAACUGCACACCAACACUUUGCCUCCAUAGAGCCCGUUAAGCAGGUGAACCCUGACACGGAACUGGAGUGCUGGAUCCACGGGACGCAUGAAUUUUUCACGAAGACUUUCUUCCCUGCGUACGAGCACAGCCUGCAGCUGGAUAAAGAGGUGCAGGAAGAGAGACUGAGACAGAGCACGCGGUACAGGAUUGCCCUGGCUAAGGCCAAGGAGUACGCCAGGCUGAGAGAACAGUGGGAGGCGGAGGAGGAGGAAAGACGGAAGGAGGAGGAAGAGGAGGACGAGACGGAGAAAAGCGAGGUGAUAAAUGAGCCUAAUCUGCCAUCUCCGGCGGUGACGACCCCUGUGGCCUCCACCGUCUCUAUGGCCGCCCCAAAACAAUCCCCCACCAGCAGCCGGAAAAAGAAAAAAUAA